AUGAAGGUCUUAAUAGUACUGCUUGUCUCCGCAUGUUCGAGUUUUGGAAGUACUACUCCCAGUAUUCCAGGCGAUAACAGUCACUACGUGAAGGGUGUAAGCCGAUACAUAUGGAUGCCAGACGGAAAUGGUGUACCCCAUCUCGUAGACCUGAAAGCAGAGGGACAUCCUGUGGAUCCAAAAACCGGCGCUAAAAACGAGUACCGUCUCUUCACGAGGUUUAAUCAAUACAACUACCAAGUUCUGGAAUUCAACAACACGAACUCUGUCCGUAACUCAAAUUAUAAUCCAAACAAGCCUAUCACAGUCAUUGUGCAUGGCUUCAACAGUGAUGGAGACGCAAGCGUUAAUCAAAUGGUACGCAAUGCCUUGAUGCACGUUGACUUCUACAACGUGAUCGUUCUGGACUGGUCUAAGAGUCUCAGCAUCCUGUACCCAGUCAGUGUAGAGGCAGUGCCUAGCACUGGUGAAUACCUCGGAAAGUUCCUGGAAUGGCUGAUCGAUAAUUUCGGAGGUGACUGGUCUAAAGUGCAUCUCAUUGGCCACAGCUUGGGGGCUCAUGUUGUUGGAAAUGCUGGACGAGCUGUAGGUGGACGAGUGGCGCGUAUUACUGGCUUGGAUCCAGCUGGACCCGAGUUCGGUGGAAGCUCACACGCUCUAAACACUGCCGAUGCUCAAUACGUCGAGUGCAUCCACACAGAUGGAGGCCUAUUGGGUAUUUACGACCCCAUAUGCACGAGUAACUUCUACCCAAAUGGAGGACGAAACCCUCAACCCGGUUGCUUGCUCAGCACUUGCUCUCACAGUAGGAGUUAUGAGUUCCUUUCAGCGACCAUCAGAUACAACAGAUUUAUAGGUAUCAGGUGUGCGGAUGUUGACGAGCUCAAGAACAAUUUGUGCAAUGGCGGGGAACUUCAUAUGGGAAAUACGCAAUUCAGCAAAGAAGGGUACGGGCUGUAUAGACUUAGCACUGGAUCUGAAUGGCCAUACUAA